AUGGUCGGCUUUUCAGCCAGAUACAAAAAGUUCCCCUCCUUGGACACCCCAAGCUUUUCCAAAGACCCCUUGAAUCAACAGAUCCUGCGCAACCUCAAGAAGCUGUACGAUGAGCACUCUAAAGACUGGGACCGAGGCACCAGGUAUGCCAUCAUCGAUCACGUCCUCAACGGUGACACAGCAGUCACCGAGCGCAUAGCUCUUGCUCCUUGCAAGCACAAACUGCUGAGCCGGAACAUGACUUUUGCAAUCUGGGUUGUCUUGAGAGCUACCUACGGCUUCAGCAAGAUCGUCAGACUGCAACACAGACUUGUCACGCAAUACCCGGGUAUUGAUCCGGAAUCCUUGGUCAGUCCUCUCAAGAGCAGUACUCUCGAAGAGGGAACAUCACAGGUUGCCCGACACCGCGAGCCAAGCAUCUUUGGACCAGUAGGCGUUUCCCAGUUCACGUACCAACACCAACAGCAAAGCGUCCCCCCAAAGCGAAAGCAGCUUGAUAUUGUGGAUUUUCAGCCGUGGAAGAUCUCAAACAAAAAGAUCAAAAAUGAAGAGGAUACCACAUCCAAUCUACGCUCGCCUGCUUUUCAGAAACCCCUCCUGCCUGCACAAGAGGGCCACAGCACGACUUCCGUUGCCUGCAAUGCCCUUCUUGCAUCGAUUGAAAGCCCUGAGCAGGAUACCUUUCAUGACCCCGAGAACGAGGAAAAUUGUGAUCCGUCUCUUCAGACCGCCCUCCACAGUUCUGCACAAGCCCUUGAUUCUAGCCAUUCAGUCUCAACAGAGAUAAGCGGUAACCAGUCGGCCAAUUUUACCCCCCUCAUCCAACAAAACCAAGAUUUCAAUGUUCAACUCCACAAAUUACGAUCGGAAGUCGACCAGAUAAAGAAGGAAAGGGAUAUCGAGCAUCAAGGGUUCAUCAAGAUAAUUGCGUCGCUUCGUGAGGAGCUCCGAACGGUCAGCCGUAAAUCGACCCAAGGACAAGUCUUGACCAAAGCCUCGAAAGUUGAUACCGCAUUGACGGAAUACAACAAUGCUGCCCGCGCGCUGCGUACAUCCCUCGACUCACUGGCAGUGGAAUUGGAAUUGGAAUUGGAACUGGUUGAGAAGAAAGAUCAAGAGAAACACUUGCAGGACUUGGGAACGACUGUUCAUACGAUGAAGAGUUCCAUGAUGGCUGUGGAAACGUACUUCGAUCCCCAGCAACAAAAAUUCCGAGACAACAUGAAAGCUCUUGGCACGAUGGGUUGA